AGUGCAUUAUGGGAAGUGAUGUCAUGGCGGCGCCCAUGUGUACAGGCAGAAUGACAUCUGAGCAUGAAUGCUGAGGGUGAUCUGUACAUUUAAAAUGUGUUUUUAUGCCACGCUUUUCGGUGGCAAUGAAGUCAUACAUUGGUGAUCGAAAUAGGUAGAAUAUCCGUGAUGAUUACCGUCAGAGCGCUGCACCGGGUGAUGCGAGUCCUGCGCUCUCGUACGACGGUCGGCCUGGCGCGCGCGCCGUGCUGCGAUAUGAUGCACCUGGCCCAAUGUAGAACACUGGCGACACAAUGCGUCAGCAUUCUCCCUCUGUCAUACCCUAACUGGACCUGGACCCCUCCACACACCCGGCAUCACACCCGGCUCCUGGCCACCAAGCAUGGCAAGAGCCCAGGAAAACCCCAGGGAAAGAAGGAAGCUGGAAAAACUCCAAAAAAGCCAAAACAGAAGCAGGAGAAACAGGAAGUGGAGAUUAAGCGGCGCAUGACGGUGUCUGAGCUGGCUCAAGCCAUGAAGAAAGAUGUCGAUCACGUGUACGAGGCUCUGCUCAACACCGCUAUGGACCUGGACUCCCUGGAGCCCGACUCGCUGCUGACGGAGGAGUGGAUCAAAGAGACCGUGAAGAAGUCUGGGAUGAAGUACAAGUGGGCCAAACUGAGCGAGAGCAAAGUGAGGGAGGACAAGGACGUGGAGAGACAACCUCCUCCAGACCCAGCAGUGCUGGUGUCUCGCCCCCCUGUGGUGACCAUCAUGGGUCAUGUGGACCAUGGUAAGACCACCCUGCUGGACAGCCUGAGGAAGACCCAGGUGGCAGCCUCCGAGGCCGGGGGGAUCACCCAGCACAUCGGGGCCUUCCUGGUUCAGCUGCCCUCAGGUGAGAAGAUCACCUUUCUGGACACGCCGGGGCAUGCGGCCUUCUCCGCCAUGCGGGCCCGAGGUGCCCUGGUCACCGACAUCGUCAUUCUGGUGGUUGCCGCGGACGACGGAGUGAUGAAGCAGACUGUAGAGUCCAUACAGCACGCCCAGAAGGCCAAGGUGCCCAUCAUCGUAGCGGUGAAUAAGUGUGAUAAGUUUGAGGCGGACCCAGCGCGGGUGAAGCGGGAGUUGCUGGUGCACGGUGUGGUGUGUGAGGAGCUGGGAGGCGACGUGCAGGCCGUGCACGUGUCUGCGCUGAAGGGGGAGAACCUUCUGGAACUGGCGGAGGCCACAGCGGCCCUGGCGGAGCUUCUGGAGCUGAAGGGCGAUCCCAAAGGGCUGGUGGAGGGAACCGUCAUUGAGAGCCACACCAACAAGGGCAAAGGCCCCAUUACUUCGGCGAUAAUCCAGCGUGGGACCCUGAAGAGGGGCUGUGUUCUGGUGGCGGGGAAGGCCUGGGCCAAAGUGCGCUUCCUAUUUGACGAGAACGGGCUGGCGAUGAAUGAGGCGGGGCCCAGCGUCGUCGUGGAAAUUGCAGGAUGGAAGGAGCUGCCCUCUGCAGGGGACGAGAUCCUGGAGGUGGAGUCUGAGCAAAGGGCCCGGGAGGUGGUGGAGUGGCGGGAGUACGUGGAGGAGCAGGAGAAGGAGAAGCAGGACCAGCAGGUCAUCCAGGCCAAACAGCAGGAGCACCUGGAGAGCUACAGGAAGGACAGGGAGGCGCUGGCCCACCUGACCUGGUACCAGAGGAGGCGCAUUCGUUACAAAACCGAAAAACACCUCAUGGCCAUGAGGCCCAGUGAGAAAGCCGAGAGAGAGGAGCUCACCCUGCCGCUCAUUAUCAAAGGCGACAUGGACGGUUCAUUGGAGGCCAUCUUGGACAUCCUGGAGACUUAUGACGCGGAUGAGCAGUGCCAGUUGGACGUUGUGCAUUUCGGAGUCGGGGACAUCUCUGAGAACGACCUCAACCUGGCUGAGACCUUCUCCGGCACAGUUUACGGCUUCAACGUGAAGGCGAGCAGGCCCAUCCUGCAGAGUGCGGGGAAGAGAGGCAUCCCCGUCAAACUGCACAACGUCAUCUACAAGCUCUUCAACGACCUGAAGGACGAGUUGAGCAGCAGACUGCCGCCCACACUGGAGGAGAACGUGAUUGGGGAGGCAUCCGUGCUCGCCACAUUCGAGGUGACGGAGGGGAAGAAGAAGGUGGGGGUCGCUGGCUGCAGGGUGCAGAGGGGGCUGCUUGACCGGAGGAUGAAGUUUCGCCUCAUUCGCGGCCGAGACGUCCUGUGGGAAGGCUCCCUGACGACGCUGAAGCACCACAAGGACGCGGUGACGACGGUGAAGACGGGCAUGGAGUGCGGGCUCUCCCUGGACCAGGACGUGGCCUUCAGGCCCGGAGACGAGGUCGUCUGCUACGAGGAGACGGAGAAGCAGCAGACGAUCCCCUGGGACCCUGGGUUCUAAGGACUGCGGUGGGCGUGGCACUCACAGACUGAACAUUUCCCCCCUCAAAUACGCUUACGCACCAGACAGAUCUGAAGAGAUUCAACAGAAGAUGGUGUAAAAUACCACUAUGUCCAUAUUUUUUUGUUGUGAAUUGCGUCACUGAAUCUGCAGCAAAGUGAUGAAAAUUGUAAAUAAUGUGCUCAGGUAAUAAAUUAAAAUGACACAA